UUGACGAAUGACGCACUUCACACGUGCCUUGUUACAACCAAUAAUCCUACCUUCCUGCUAACAACGUAGACGACCUGGUCAGUACAUUGAAUUGCGACAUCGUUUCUGUUACUAUUGAAAAUUUCGGCUGUGUUAGACGUAAUUUUAUUCUCCUAAACAAUUUAAAUUUGAUUUCGAGAAUAAACAAUUUGGUGAUUUGUAACUUUUUCUGUGUGUUUGAAGAAUCAAUUGGAUUAUAUUCUGAAUUAAAAGGAUACUAAGUUCAUCUUUAAACCAGGAUUCAUCCAAAGAAGAUGAAGUAAAUGCCCGUUCAUUGGACAUGAAAUCUUUUGUUAACUUGGAAGAUGGGAGUAACUUGACCCAAAUCUCUCCUAUUUUGACCUGCAUCAAUAGCUUGAGUGAAUCAGGCUCUUUGUGGGAUGAUGUUCGUACUAAACAUUUCAAGGGUUUAUCUUUGAAGCAGUUCGAAAAUGAAAUCACUAUUGCCAAAGAGGAUGGCUUUUGUUUUGCUGUCUCUUUGCGAGAUGGCUCUUGCAUCUACACUUCUGAUGCCGUUUCCUAUCAUUUGGGUUACCCAAAGGAUAUGUUGGUUGGGCAGUGUAUUAUGAAUUUUCUGUUCCAUAAAGACCAUAUCACAUUUGCAAAUCACUUGACUCAAGGGCUCAAUGCUUGCUUCAUUCAAGGGAAAAGAGAUGAUUCUCAUCUGGUACUUAACACCUUCUUCUGCAGACUAAGGCUUUACCAAGGUUUGGAGCAAGGUUAUUCAGUUUCUGAUAGAAAAAUAGAAUACAAGCCUUUCAAAAUAACUCUUCACAUCAAUGAAUUGAUUGUUGAUGAUAUGUGCGUUGAAAAACCUUCUGGCACAUUAUGUGUGAAAGCAACUGCAACUCUUGUGUCCUCUGCCUAUUCUGUUCCUGAAGAAAUUCCUGCAAUGACCUCAUUUUCCACCCGCCAUACUGCUUCUUGUCAUUUCAGCCAUGUUGAUACUAGUGCAAUUCCUUAUCUUGGUUAUUUACCACAAGAUAUGAUUGGAUAUUCAGUAUUUGAUUUCUAUCAUGUUGAUGAUCUACCACAGUUGAAAGAUAUUUAUGAACUGGUUGUUAAAGAACAUGGUUCAUCUUUCCGGAGUAAACCUUAUAGAUUCAGAGCACAGAAUGGCUGCUAUGUUAUGUUGGAAACUGAAUGGUCUUGUUUUAUCAAUCCUUGGUCUCAUAAAUUGGAGUUUGUUGUUGGCCAGCAUAGGGUCCUUAAGGGUCCAUCAGAUAUUGACAUAUUUACUCCAUCUCAAAUGGAAGAAUUGAUUUUACCUGAAGAAAUCCUUAAAGAAUGUCAGAAUAUUCAAAGAGAGAUAAAAAAUCUUCUUUCAGAAUCUAUCCAAACAUUUGAGACAAAGAAGUCCAAAAGAUUUUGUAAUAAAAGAAAAAGAGAUUUAGCUGCUUUUGUUUAUAAUUGUGUUGAUAAGGAAGGAAAUAAACAAAAAGGCAAAACAAAUGCUUCUAUGGAUAUGUUGGACGAUAGAAACAAUUCUGAUCAUGAUAGUGUAGUUAUGGGUGAUAUUUCUCCUUAUCGAGAUGUUAAUGAUUCAAGUGUGACAUCAGAAACACCUCCAUCAGUGCAGCAGUUGCGAUAUCAGGAAAACAUAGAAAGAUUUUUUGCCAGUCAACCAAAAACUUAUUCUGAUGGAUCAGAUGAGUACAACAAAAAUGAGAAACUGUUGAGUGUUGAAGAUUCACAAGGAAGUAGUAAUGGUUCUGGAAAAGUUUCUGGCUCUGGCUCUGGCCCUGGCUCAGGCUCAGGAUCGGGAUCUGGCUCUGGGUCUGGAAAUGACACAAAUUCUAAAGGUGUUCAGUCAUCGCAAAAUGAUAAUAAUAAUCAAAAGUCUGGUAGCAAUUCAUCCAAGUGCUAUAUGUCAUCCUUCACUACUGGUGAUUCAGGUUAUGGGAAAAGUUUAGAAAAGGACAACAAUGAUCCUAGUGUAAGUCAAACAGGCUCAUCAAAUCAAGUAUGGACAAAUAAUUCUCCUAAAAAUUGUGCUAAUAACAAUGUAGAAAAGUUUUCUUCUUGUUUGGCCCUCACUGAAGAAUCUCUCUGUGUGCAUAAUCGAAUGAAUCAUAAACAUUUCAAGCAACAACGUAAAAGCAAAACUGGAUUGGCUUCUGUGCCUCUUAAAGAAAAUUGGUUUCUGAAAGAUACCACACUUCCAAAGCACAAGAAAAAUGUUCAGACUCAAACAGUUUCAACAGCUCAAAAAGAAGACAUGAUUAAAGCAACAGGAGCUGACAAGUCUAGAUUAGAUUUUCAGUUUACUUCUGAGCAAAAGGGUAGUGCACCAAAUCUUCCUGAAAAUUCAGCUUCUUCUACAUAUGGUUCAAAUCCAUAUGUGUUUUCUAACUGGUCAGCAACUCCAACUCCCUUUUUCAUACCUGUUAUGUAUAUGGGAGGGAUGCCAUUCUAUCCACCUUCAUCAAAUUCUCAGUGGCCAUUUGGACCUGCUCCUCCACCAUCAUCAUCUAUGCCAUCAGUUCCAAAAGAAGCAAGUGCUGGCUGUUUUCAAAACCCUACCAAUACUCCAUUGUCAUUUCCAAAAUUUAAUAUGAAUGAAAGCUUUAAUCAGACAAGUACUCCACCUAAUGGACAAACACCUGGAAUUUCUACAAAACUAUUGCCUACAGAAGCAACUGUUCCUGGAGAGAACUUUUCUAUGCCCAAAGAGCAUUCUAGGACUGAAUCUCCUAAGUACUCUGGAAGGAAGAGCAUUCAUACAGGUAAUGAUAAACCUCAUAAACCAGAACCUGAUGAUUGCCAAAUGCAAGAGUCCCAAUCUUCAUCUUUUACUAACAGUUCAUCUUGUCAGUCUGCUGAUAAAGAUGAGGAUAUGGAAUUGGAAAGCAAGAGAUGUUACGCUAGUACUCAGUCUGACAAAAUGGAAUUGACAUCAGAAUUGGCUUAUCGAUACCAGAUGAACGUUCUCAAUCUGGAUGAUAUACUGAAAAAAGAUAUGGAGGCCCUGAAAUCAAUGACUCAACCAGAACUUGUUAAUCAGCAACUUCAAAUGCUUCAAGAUGAAAGAGAAGCUGAAAAUGAAAGUAAACUGAAAGUGGAUGAAGAUGAUUUCUGUAUGACUGAAGAGGUCAUGUUAGGACUUGCUACAGAAGAUGAUGUAAAUGAAUGGGGAAAAAAAGUCAACACAAGAACCUAUUUUUAAGAAAUAACAGAGAGGUCUUGGUUUUCAUAGGAAUUAGUCAAUCUACAAUUUGAUUUUGUUGUUUAAAUUGAUACUGGAAUUGAAUUCCUUUUACUUUGAUUGAUCAUGUAUAUAUGCAUUUUGAGAUGUUUCUGAAAUUUUUGAACAAAAAAUGGUAAAUGGUUAAAAUAUCUAAAAAAAUUUACAUGCACUACAGAAAAUAAAUAAAUAAAUAACAUUGGGAAAACUUAUGAAUAAUAAUAAAGGACUUGAGGUUAAAAUCUUCUGUUUUUUCUUAAAUUAAACCCCAGAUGGCACAGUGAAAUACUAAAAAUAAUUGAUAUAUUAAGAAAAAAAAUAUGCUUAAUCAGUGCUUUAUGCCGUAAAAAUUGAUUUGCACAUUGAAGUAUUUGAUAUUACUUUAUUGUAAAAUAAAAUUAUUGAAGUUACAGCACUGGAAAUCAUAGGUGUUGUUUAUAUUUAAUAUUAUAAUUCAAAUAGAAUUUGUUGGAUUAGUUGUUUUGGGUAAAUAAUAUCAUUGAAUUGAAAAUAAAAUAUCUUAUUUUUUGUUAUCAUUCCUCUAAAAGUUUCUUAAUUUGAAAGUAUAUACCAUGUUUUUAAAUAAAAUCUAGAUGUAAAUUCAUUUAUAAAAAAAUUGCUUAAUACUUUUUUAUAUUUAUGUAUUUAAUAUUUGAUGAUAUGACUAGAUAACUCAGUUGAAAGAAUCAAAAGGCCAUUUUUCUUUUAAAAAAAUAUAUAAUAUUGCAAUGGUUUUUUAAAAUUCUUGCUGAUGAUUUCAUCACAUUUAUACAUUUAUAACUUAAAUGCAAAACCAUUUUAUCCUCCAAGUUCUUAUUGAAUAAUCUUAAAUUUCAUAGUAUUUCUUAGUUUUAAUUAAUAGUUCAAAUUUCUUAGUACCAAGUAAUAUACUAUAUUUUAAAAGCCUGUAUUUCUUAAAGUCUAUUAAAUGUGUAUUUCACACUAGAGCAAUUUUGAGCCAGUUAGUGGAAUGAACUAACCAUAAGAUAUUUGAGUCUGGAUUACAUAAUUAUAUAUAUUAUCAAAGAAUGCUAUUCAAUCAAUUAUUGUUAGUUACUAAAAUUGCAGGAUAAAAAGGGAAAAAGUGUGCUACGAGAAUAACCAUUUUCUUUUGUUUAGAUGUUUUAAUCUAUUUACCUUUAUAAAUUUGCCCUUGCAUGCCAAAGCAAUAAGGAAAGAAAUAUAAAUCUGAAUCAAUUUUAUUCAUAAUAAAUUCUUAUGAUCAGUUUAUAUUAAAUGAAUAAUUUUAGAACCAUUUAAAUAUAUAUACCUACUUUCCCUCAUGUGAUAAAUUCUAUAGAAUUGAAUUAUUGAAUUAUCAGUUGUGAGGCUUGAAACAUUUUGCUGUAAUUUGUUUGAAAUGUAGAACUUGAUAAUGCUAGCAUAAAAGUUUGUGUAAUGUAAAUUGACAAUUUUUGAAAAAUGCUGAUAAACAUUUAAUUAAAAAAAAUAGUUAAGCAUUUAAUUUUAAAAAAAGAAAAGAAAAAAAAAUAUUGUAUCUGUUUAUUUUUUUUAAAAACUUGCUUUAAAAAAUUAUUAACCUAAUCUUUUGUUGUUUUAGUAUAUUGUUUAAAAGCUAAUGUAUUGCAAAAUUUUCUAAGUUAGUUUUAUGAAGGCCCCCCACCACCACUUCCAUUAAGGUUUUUUUUUUUUUUUUGCUAAUAAAAUGUUUAGUUCAAGCUUCUUUCUCAUAUGUCUAGCUUAACUUAUUUAGUUUCAUUAAAAAAAGUAAUAUCGUGGAUUCUUUUGAACUUUCUUAAUAUUAACAUUUUAAACAUUGAAUUUAUUCUAUUUGUAAUAUUACACAACAUUAACAAAUGUAGGUUUUUAAUUGGUCCUUUUAUAAGCUAUUAUUUUAAUUGUAAAAUAAUUAAAAUGUGGCAUGUUAAUGUUGCAUUGAUGUAUUUAAUUUAAAUGAUAGAAUGACGUAUCUUUAAAUAUUUUUAAGAACUUUAUUUUCUUUUAAUUUUCCUCUCCUUUUAUUUGUAAAAAGAAUUUAAAAUGUUGCUUACCUACAUACAUUAUAUUUUGUUCCAGAGUUAUAUAAUUGUAAAAGGUUCUCCUACUUUUUAUUUUUCUUAUAUUUCAUUUGUAUUUCAAUUUUAAUUGCUAUUUUAAAAAAUAGAUUUUGGUUAAAAAUUUAACCUAAUCAGGUUUAGACAUUUUUUUUAAAUAUUGAAUGCAUUAUAUUGUAUAUAUUUUAGAUUUGAGUGCUGUUUUCAUUAUUAAUCAUAAACUCAUUUAUUAAUUAAAACCUUCUAAUUUUUUUUUUUAAAUAUGAGAUAAAGAAAAAUAUUGUCAUUAUAAUAGAACCUGUCUUUUGAGUAGUGCCUCUAUACUUCUUGUCACUUCAGAUUUAUCUUAGCAUUUUGCAUAUGUGAAGCAGAAACUAAUUUUGCUGCACUUGUAUGCCUAUUUCAUUUCUUUUAAGUGAAUUCUUUUUUUCCUUCCCGUUUAGCAGCAUUUAUUCAUUCCCUUCUGUAAACAAUUUUUUUAAAAACAUAAUUGGUGUCCACUGUUAAAUGCUACAUUUUAAAUUUAUCAAGAAUAUUGAAGUCCUUGAAACACAUUAAUAAGGAAUAAACUUAUGCAAUGAAAAUAAGUAUAGUAUUUUUAAAUGUUAAAAAUAUCGCCGUUUAUUAAAAAAAAAAGUUGGCACAAGUUAUAUUAAAAUUGCAUACUUUUGAUAUCACAGUUAAUUCAGUCAUUAUUUUCAUGUAAAAGAAAAAAGAAACAUUUUGCAGUUAUUGUUUCUUAGGUGCAUAACUUAAAAACUUAUGUUUAUAUGUAUAUAAAUUAAAAAAAAUAUUUUCUAUAAAAAAUACGUGUAUAUUAUUAUAAUCUUAUUUAAAAGCUCUAUCUUUAGUUUAAUUACUGAUCUAGAAACAUCUUUGUGUGAAGUUUUAAUUGGACAGAAAGUUUAGAUAUUGUAAUAAUUUUGCAAUAUUUUUUAAUAGCCUGUGGUUAAAAAAAAUUAGGGAAAUAUUUUUAGUAUUAAUGAUACUAAGCUUAUUUCAUUAAACUUCUUUAAAAAAUAUAAAAAAGGAAUAGAUUAAUGAAUAAUAUAUAUAUAAUAUGUAUUAAAAAAUACAAAGAUUUUUUUUUUCUUUUUUACUUUUGACUGAUUUAAAUGCCUUUUUUAGUUAAACAUUUUAGAAUUUUAUGAAUAAUUGUCUAGAUUCAAUGUUACAUCAUUAACAAUAUUUUAAAAUUACUUAUACAAGAUUAGCAGUUGGAAAGUUUAUUUCCUUAUAGUUAAAAUGGUCAGAUCUAUCAAAAUGAUCACAAGAUUUUAAGAAGAUAGAUCUAAGCUGAAUUGAUCUAAGCUGAAUUUUUAAAAAUCUAAUUAGUUCACCAUUGCUCUUAUUAAGCAUCGGAAUUAUGCAAAUUCUUUAUAUCUUUGUAAAUUAAAGAUGAUUAUAAGUUUUGUGUUGAAAAUAACCUGAAAUGAUUAAAUCAGAUGUUUCAAAUAUAGUAUGCUAGAAAAUAUUUUAUAAGAUUAGAAUAUAUAAAUAUUUAAAGUCCUAUUUGGAUGUAUAUCUAUAUUUAAUUCCAGCAUUAAUGUCUACUUAAAAUUACUAAGAAAAUCUACCAGAAAAAUAUCUAAAAAUUAAAUUAUUAGCUUUAGUAAGUUUGAUUAAAUGUUUUAAAUUGCAUUAAUAGUUUUAGUGAUUUUUUUAAAAAGAAAAUAGUUAAAAAUUUCUAUUUCCCAAAAUUUUAUUUGAAAAACAAACCUGAUGUUUGAUUUAUCAGUAAUAAAUAAAAAUUGGUUGAAAAUGUAUAAAAUUUUCUAUAAUUCUUUGCUUUUCUAUUUUGAAAUUGUAAUAUUAAAAGCUAAAUUUUCCAAAAUGGGGAAAAAAAUGAUGUGGAGUAUUGAAUGUGAAAUAUGGUGGGAUUUUAAAAAAAUAUUAAAUCAUAAGUAUUCUUUAUUUUUUAUAAUUAAUAAUAAAAAAUAUUAAAUCAUAAGUAUUCUUUAUUUUGCUGUUCAAUGCCUAUGAAUGUCCUGACUUUUUCAGAAAUAUUUGUUAGUUUUUACAUUUAUACAUUUCUAUUAUAUAUUUGAAUUUGGUGUGUGUGUCAGUUUUGGUGUGAGUGGAUGUUUUAUUAUUGUUGCAUAAUGGUAUUUGAAGAGAGGAAUAAGUCUUUUAAGUAUACUCUAUGUGCAUACUAGUAUAUGCUUUACUUUUAACUGUUCAAAUUAUUUUAAGUGAGCUUUUGUCAUAUGAAAAGAAAUUGUUCUUGCUUUUAGUUCUGUUCCAUAUAGCAUGUAAAAAGUGUUUUAGAUUUUUUUAAUAUAAUAAACUCAUGGUUUUUACACUUAUUUUAAAGUGUAUUAGAAUGUUUUCUUGUUUUCUUUGUAUAAUUUUAAGAAUUAUAUUUAAUAUCUAUUUUAUUUAACAUUUUUUUUAAAAACAAUAAUUAAAAGUGAAAACAAACUUUUGAGGAAUUAAAAAGAAAGUGUUAUUCAUUGAGGUGACAUCUCAAAAUAAACUUCUUUGUAUUUUUCAAAGAAUAUUUUUUUUAUCCCUAGAAAUUGUUUCUUCUGUUGAAACAUUUAUAUAAAAUAAAACAGAAUUUAAAUUAAAUUAUUAUAAAUCAAUAAUAGUAACAAUAAAUGACCCACUGAACUAUUGUUCAUAUUAUCUGUUUUAUGAAAUUUGUACAAUUUAAUUUUUAACAUUAUCUAAUAAAUAAGAACUGUUAAAUUUAUAUAAUAUUCAUUUGUCUUUCUGAUGAUCAGUAAUGCAUCUUUUGACUUGCUAUUAUGAUAUUUAAAAAUAAGAUUUCAAACUCCCCUUCCUUUCCUUUUUAUUAGAAACAAAAUAAAUUGUAUUUAUUUUCACAAUUAUAUACUUUUGGUUUUGUAUGUAAAGUGCAUAUUAUGAGUAUGGAUAGGUAGUCAGUAAAAUUAUUGAAGUUGACAUUUAGAUUAUCUUAAUAUAAAUUUUUAUUCCUAAAUAAUGAAAAUUUGUCUGCUUAAAACAAUAAUCCAAAUUUAAAGUUUUAAAUGAAAUGACAGGGAGAUAUUUUUACCCUUCUAAUUUUUCAGAGAUAUAGAACUUUAAUUUUUUAAGAUUUGUUUCAUGUGUAGAUAAAAAUAUAUUUUUCAAAGCCCUCAAGUCACUCUGUGCAUGCAUUCAUUUUAAAAUUUUGGUAUGAUUUAUUUCUUAAAAUAAAAAAGAUCAAUUCUGCUGGUUCAUUUUUGAAGGUUUCUUCCAAAAAUUCAAAUUUUUAUUACAAUUAAUAUAGUUUUUAAUAUUGAAAUUUUUUAAAUCUAGUGGUAUUCAGUUGAGAAUGUUUGCCCAUUUCCACGUGCUUUUUUGGUUUGUUUACCACACUUUCUACUUAAAUCAAAAAUGCAAUUUUUAAAAGUUAACUACAAUUUUGAUGUUAUAUUGUUUUUUUAUUUAUUGAAGAACAGCGAAGAUUUUAAAUCGCUGUACUUCUAAUUGAACCAAUUGAAGUUUCAUUUUUAAAAACAAAUCUAAUUUGUUGGUGCUUUAUAAAGUUAUCUUUCUUUAAACUUUAGAAUGCAUGUUUAUAAACAAGUUAAAUAAAUUGGUCUCUCUCUCUCUCUCUUUUUUUUUUCUUUCCAUGUUUGAAAUUGCUUAUUCGCAUUAUGUUUAUCUUGUCUUUACACUGUAGAAUAAGAUAUAUUAAUACCAAAGUGAUAAUUUUUUGAUUUAUAAAAUAUUAAUUACUAUGGUUUUUAGUGCAUUAGUAUUGCAUAAUAUAGGAUUUAAAAUGAUUUAUUUAUUGCAGUUUCAGAAAAUUGUAAUUCACACUGAAUACAAGUUAUAUAAGAAUAAUAUUAAAAAUAAUAUAUUUCUUUUACGAUUUCAAAAUUGAUGCAUUGGUUUUGUUAUAAAUUCUAACAAGCUGAUAAGCAUUAAGGAAUAAAAAUCCAGUUGGGUAAUAAAAUAAAGAAUAUUAUUUGUUAUGAAUAUGUUAAAAGAAAUACCCCCCCCCUACUUUCCUGACAAGCAUUUUCUUAAAAGUAUUAUAGUGGUUCUACAUUUAGUAUACAAAUAUAAAAAUGAAACUAAAUUUGAAAUUAAAUUUGAUUUAAACCUGGAUGCAUAAUUUUUUUAUAUAUAUAUAAAACACAAUCAUAUCAUAAUAAUUAAUCUUAAAAAGUUGUAGUUUUAUCUAAAAAAGUUACUAAUACAAUUUACACAGAUUUUUAGGUAUAAUUUAAAGUGUACAUCAAAAAUAAUUUAAAAAAGAAAAUGUUCUGGAUAAUAUGUUUGCAAAUACUUAUUGUAUACAGUUAUUUUUUAAAGUAUAUUUUAAAGUUUUACGAGAUAAAGUGAAUACAAUUUUUGCUUUGUCUGAAAUAUUUGAUACAGCAAAUAAUGUUUUUCAAAUCAUUGUGGAAUUAAAGUAAAAAAAUAAUACUAAAUUUUGCAGAAAAAAUUUAAUUUGAAUGCAAUAUUGCUAUAUUGAGUCUUUAUGAGUGUAACUGCAUAACUAACAUUUUAGAUGAAAGGUUAUAUAUAUAUUUGAAAGUCACCAUUUUAUAAAUAUUGAAAUAAUUUCAUUACAAAGUAAUGGGUUUCUUUUCACUAGUAUGACACAGCCAACAAAGUUAAUCAGAUAUUUUAAUUUUAUUAAAUUUUGAAAAAUGUUGUCUACUUAGAUUUUUCUAAAUUCAAAAAUCUGGUCCCUGAUAUCGGAAAUUUUUUAGAUAACCAAUUUUCUUCUUAUGAAUCUAUAUAAAUUACAAAAUAGUGUAUUUUGAACUAUGUUGUAAUAAAUGUUUUCAUUAGUUUUUUUUUUUUUUUGUUACAUGUACUUUUUCAAUCAAUUUUUAUUUUUGCUGCAUUUUAAUAUUUCACUGAAUAAAUCCACUCUAUUAAACUAUUUCUCAAUGUUUUCUGGCUAUGUCCCUCUUUAUCUAGCCUUCAGUGUUCUUAUAAUUAUCAAUUUUUUAUAUUUUUUAAUUACAAUCCUUCUUUUUUAAUCAACUGACAUUUAAUCGUAUUCAUACGCUAUAGCUAUUUUAACAUUUUGACCCUUAAUGUUUAUUAGUAGUAUGCAUUACUUUUUAAAAAUUCAGUAUUGAAGUGAUUAUACUUAAAUCAAGGUACUCAAUUUUAUAUUGGUGUCUUUUUACAUUGGUAAGUGUAAAAAGCAUAUUUUUAAGUUAUUUGAAUUAGUUAGAAAAUAUACUAUUUUUAAAUUGAUUGUAAUUGUAGGUAAAUCCUUAAAAGCAUUAAUUUUUAAUAUUUUUUAAUUAUAUAUCCUAUUUGAGAUAGUUUGUUAAGCAUGCCAUUCCAUAUUCUUAAAAUUAUCAUUUAAAAUAUUUUGUUUGUGUUACUAUGAAUUUUUUAUAGAAAAUGUUAAUUUACAAUUAUACUAAAUACAACUUAAUACCAUCCAAUAAAAAUAACCAGUAUAUUUAUUUAAAUUGAUUUAUAAAAAGUCUCUGAAACAAAAUUUGAGAAAAUUUCAGUUAUUCAAAUAAAAAUUAAAAUUUAAUCAUCAUUGGAACAGAAGAUUUCCAAGAAAUUUUAUCUGAAAUAAAAUGAUCAAUGUUUAUUUUAGAUAAAAUUGAAAGUGGAAAAUUUUUACUUUGUUUUCAAAUAUUUACUCCUUUACAACAUCUUUGAACAUAUCAUUUGAAUAGAUAGCUACCCCAUUUUUUCCUUAUUUUCUCUUUUUCAGGCAGAUUUACUAACAGAAGCAGUUUCACCAAGCUCAGUAUUGGACUAAAUCUAAGUUCGAGCCCGUCUUCUCGAGGAUUGGAUUUUGCAGGCAGACAGAGUUGUCAAAGAUUAUUUUUUUUAUCUUGAAACACCUUUGCUUUUCUGCAUAUAAUCCAACUUUUAGUUGAAAUUUUAUUCCUUUGUUUUCAAUUUUUACAUUUCUAUUUAUAACUACUUUUCUUCCAUUCCAUUCUUUUCAGCCUAUUUAUUCUGUAUAUCUGGUUUCUGCAUCGAUAUGCAAACUGCAAAAUAAAUCUGAUAACUAUUUAAAAUAGUUAUGAUUGAAAAGCAGUAUAUAAUACUGGAUCUGAUUUGUAGAUUUCAAAAGUUUAUUUAAUUUAAUCUUCCGUAAAAAGGCGAGAGGCAGAAUAUACUAUUCUGCACACGUUCAGAAAAACAUCUGGUCUAUAAAAUUUACUUAAAUAUUAAAAAAAAUUAAUUUGAAGGGGGUAGGGAGGUACUAUAAAUUUGGAUAUAAUUAAAAUAUUUAAAAAUAAGAAAGUAUGACCUUUAAUGCAUACUAGUAAUUAAAGAAUUUCACUAUGUUUUAGUUUAUUUUUGCUUGUAGUACAGAGUCUCCAUGCCCAUUUCGUAACUAUUUAUCUGAAAGUGACUCUGAUUUCAUAUGUAUUUCUAGGAGUUGGAAUACCGUGAAGAAUGUCUCUUGCAGCUCAUGUGUGAGGAUUCAUAAGUUU